AUGGGUUGGCAUAGUCUCUCUACAACCUGGUGCGUUGCCAUCUCUCUGCUGGCCCUCACCGUCUGCGGCCAAGAGGACAACCUCGGCCUCAAAAAUGGAUACAUCUCCCUCUCCACGGCCAAUUGGGACCUGAAGCUUGUUAAAGAUGCUCAGGUUCUUGCAUCUCUCACGCCCAAGGGAAACUCCUUUGACUUUCUCCCCUUCGACUAUCUCCCCAACCGUACCGAGAAUGGGCAAUAUCACAACGGGGAUAUCACCUUCCGCUACCGCGCCACGGGGCAGACCGAAUGGGUUGCAGGAGACUCCGCGAAGGCUCGCAAGGCCGUGACCGGCGUCCAGGCCAAGGAUGCACUGGCGGCCGCCGACCUGACCCCGACUCUGCCUGGUGGAUCGCCACUCCGCAUCAUCCGCAAAUGGGUCGAUGUCGACGGCGACGUCGGCCUGUCCUUCACUCUCACCAAUACCGCCACGCAUGGCAUCGAAAUUGGCAGUCUGGGCUUCCCGACUGAGUUCAACAGUAUCUUCACCAACCGCAUCCCGGAGGAGAUGGCUGCCAAGUGCUCACUGACAGACCCCUAUAUUGGGAUGGACGCUGGUUAUCUGCAGGUCACACCAACUUCUGGUACGGGGGAAGCCUUAAUUGUGACGCCCUUGGGCAACACAAGCACCCCGUUUGAGGCGUGGCACAAUCUGGAUGAGCCCUAUUUUGACUCCACCGCAUACGGGAGCCAGACCUUCGAGGGAUUUUAUGAGUGGCAGGCACACUCCAAGGCCUACGCCGACAACGAAUGGGCCAAGGUCAAACCCUGGAAUCCCGCCACCUCGCUCGCCCUAAACGCCGGACAGUCUGCAACUGUUGGUCUACGCUUCUCCGUGGUGAAGGGCGGCAUCCGCGGUAUCCAGAAGGCGGUCCGAGCCACCAACACCCCCCUAGCAAUUGGAACGGGAUACGUGGUGCCCCGAGACCUCACCGUUCAGCUGCACAUGCUCGCUCCAGCCAAUGUCUCCUCGGUGGUCAGCGAGGGGAAUGCGUUGGCCAUCGCCCGGCAGGAGAACACCCUCUCGCUGACUCCCACAGGCUCCGCCUGGGGCCGAACCCGGCUCACCAUCACCUACGACGAUGGCAAGACUCAAACGGUCCACUACUUCAUUACAGGGUCAGCCCCAGACGCCGUCGCCCGUCUGGGCCAAUUUUCUACCUCAACAAUGUGGUUCAAUGACAAGUCGGAUCCAUUUGGCCGCGCCCCUUCCAUCAUGUCAUACGAUGCCUCCACCGGCCGGCCCGUCCUCCAGGAUCCCCGGGUCUGGAUUGCAGGACUGAGCGACGAAGGCGGAGUCAUCUACAUGGCGACGGCGAUGAAACAGUCUGCCCACCCGGAUCCCAACGAGAUCGCCAAGCUGGAGGAGUUCGUAUCCAAAGUGCUCUUCCCCACUAUCCAGAACGGCGGCGACCUGGUCCGCAAAAGCAUAUUUUUCUACGAGCCAUCCGCCGUGCCAGGGUAUUCCUACAGCAAGUCCAUCGACUGGGGCAACUGGUGGUCGUGGAACAAGGCCGAUUCCUACUCCACCCAACGCUCAUAUGAUUAUAUCCACGUCAUCGCCUCGUACUGGGCACUGUAUCGCGCCGGUCGUGACCAGCCGGGGUUGCUGAAACAAAAUACCUGGCAGUGGUAUCUCGGCCGCGCCUACAAUACCACCAUUGCUUGCUUUGCAACCGACUCCUCCGGCACGGAGCCGGUGCAAUAUUCGCGCGUGGGCCAGAUGGGCGAGACAGUGGUCGGUGAACUUCUCCAGGAUCUGCGCCGCGAAGGGUGGUCCAAGGAGGCGGAUGCAGUCGAGGCGUCCAUGAAACGUCGUGCAGAGCUGUGGAACUCGCAGCCCGAGCCGUUUGGCAGUGAGAUGGCAUGGGAUUCGACGGAACAGGAGGGUGUGUACUACUGGACCAACUAUUUCAAACUCACCAACACCGCGACCAAGACGAUUAAUAGCAUUCUGGGUUAUAUGCCUACUGUGUCCCACUGGGGCUGGAACGGGCAAUGCCCGGCGUUAUUGGGAUUUUAUCUACAGCGAAUCGAGCGCAUGAUCCACCACUAUGGCUCCAGUCUCAAUGACAUCCCCCUCCUUGCACAAUUCCGCCAGCAGCCCAAGGAUACAUACCUUCUGCGCGUCGGCUACGGUGGCGUCUCUGGUCCCCUCACCAACAUUCGCCAGGACGGGUCCAUGUACAACGCCUUCCACUCGUUUCCCGACACUCUCGCGGGCGAUGACUACUCAGGCGACUACGGGCCGAAUUUCUUAGGGGUCAUGCUCGCGUCCGCCACCUACGUCGUCGAGGACCCGGAUCUUGGGCUAGUUGCAUACGGCGGCAACCUCGCAGUAAAUGGACAGUUGGUGACAGUACAGCCUCGCGAUGCCGUUCGCCAGCGGGUGUACAUAGCCUCCAUGGGGGUCUACAUCAUCGCCAGUGCGGGCUGGAUUGACCAGUUUUCUUUCGCGAGAACGAACGCCAAGCAAGUGACGGUGCGGCUUGUCCCCGGGCCGUCCAAGGCUACAUCAGCAAUAGUCUGGGUUGAGAGUCCUGGCACAAGCACUCAGUACAAAGUCACCUCACAGGCGAAGUCAGUGCGCGGAGGAUGGCAAGUGCAGUUGGCCAAUGGCGGGGUGGAAGUGACCAUAGCCACCGCGUAG